UUACUUGGGCCUAGGGGGCUAGACCGCUUUGUCCCAAUAAUACUUACUUUCUCCCCCACAAAACGUAAAGCUGUCCUUCCGCCUUCCUUGCUUAGUAGUCUAGCUAGGCUAGCUAGUUAGAUCGGAACAUAACCAUCGAUUCACAUUGUAUCCGACCUCAAACAAACCACCCUCUCUUCUUCUUUCUUCUUCCCUUUUUAUUCAUUCCCCCCCCCCCUUCAUCCCAUUCCCGGAGUGAAGAAAAGUUCUUCUUCUUUUUUUUUGUUACCCUUUUCCUCCAAACCAUGCCUCUCGAAGCGCGUGUCAAGUCCGUCUUGUCAGGCGACACUCUGGUCCUGACCCACGUUACCAAUCCGACGGCGGAACGUAUCCUCAGCUUGGCCUAUGUGUCUGCGCCGCGGUUACGGAGGGAGGACGAUGAGCCAUUCUCUUUCCAAUCCCGCGAAUUCCUCCGCGAGCUUCUCGUCGGCAAGGUCAUCCAGUUCCAGGUCGUCUACUCGAUCCCUACCGGUGCCAAGCGCGAAUAUGGCAUUGUGAAACUGCCCGGGACGGAUGCCUCGUUGCCAGAUCUGGCAGCGCAGGAGGGAUGGGUUCGUGUCCGUGAAGAGGCUGGCAAGCGGGGUGACGAGUCCGAGGAGGCUGCUGCUUUGCUGGAGCGGUUGAGAGGUCUGGAGGCCCUCGCGCGCAGUGAAGGGAAGGGUGUCUGGGCUGGCGCGGAGAAUGGCCGAGUCGAGACGACAUAUGAGGUUGCGGAUCCGAAGGCGUUGGUGGAGGAGCUCAAGGGGAAAUCGGUCGAUGCUGUCAUCGAGAGGGUGUUGAACGGUGACCGCGUGCUGAUCCGUCUUCUCCUCGCGCCAAACCGGCAUCUGCAGACUAUCCUGGCGAUUGCGGGAAUCAGGGCGCCGUCCACCAGGAGAGUGAAUGCUGAUGGCACGGAGCAGCCUGGGGAGCCGCUCGGGGACCAGGCGCAUCAGUUCGUCGAGUCGAGACUUCUGCAGCGCAAGGUCAAGGCGACCCUCGUGGGUGUGACGCCGCAGGGCCAGCUGGUUGGAACCGUCCUUCAUCCCAAUGGCAACAUUGCCAAGUUCCUGCUGGAGGCGGGCCUGGCCCGCUGCCACGACCACCACUCUACGAUGCUGGGUCCUCAGAUGGCCGCGCUGAGACAGGCGGAGAAAAGCGCCAAGGAUGCUCAAAAGGGCCUGUUCACUGGCCACGUCGCUCCCAAGGGCCCUGCUGGCGGGGCGGGCGACACUGACUACAUCGUCAGCCGUGUAUUCAACGCCGACACCCUCUUCCUGAGGAACAAGGCGGGCAAGGAGAAGAGAAUCAGCCUGAGCAGUGUCCGGCAGCCCAAGCCGUCAGACCCCAAGCAGGCUCCCUAUGCGGGAGAAGCUAAGGAAUUCCUGCGCAAGAAGCUCAUCGGUAAGCACGUCAAGGUCACGAUUGACGGCAAGAAGCCGGCUACGGAGGGUUACGAGGAGAGAGAGGUUGCUACUGUUAUCCAGGGCAAUACCAACAUGGCCCUUGCUCUGGUGGAGGCCGGAUAUGCCUCUGUCAUCCGUCACCGACGUGAUGACGAGGACCGCUCCCCUGAGUAUGACGCUCUGCUGGCGGCAGAGGAAGCUGCGCAGAAGGAGGGCAAGGGGAUGUGGUCGCCCAAGCCGCCCAAGGUGAAGCAGUACCAGGACUACUCGGAGAACCUGCAGAAGGCGAAGAUGGAGGUGUCGAUCCUGCAACGACAGAAGCGCGUCCCUGCGAUUGUCGACUUUGUCAAGUCCGGUUCUCGUUUCACCGUGCUGGUUCCCCGGGAGAACGCCAAGUUGACCUUUGUCCUCGGGGGCAUCCGAGCUCCGCGGUCUGCCCGCGGGCCUGGCGAGGCGGGCGAGCCCUUUGGUCAGGAGGCGCACGACUUGGCCAACCGGAGAUGUCUGCAGCGGGACGUCGAGAUCGAUGUCGAGACCAUUGACAAGGUGGGCGGUUUCAUCGGGACGCUCUACGUUAACCGAGAGGACUUUGCCAAGGUGCUUCUGGAGGAGGGUCUGGCCACCGUCCAUGCCUACUCCGCGGAGCAGUCCGGCCACGCCAACGAGUACUUCGCUGCGGAGCAGAGGGCCAAGGAUGCGCGCAAGGGUCUCUGGCACGACUGGGACCCGAGCAAGGAGGUGGACGAGGAGGAGGCCCUGCCGGCCAACGGCAACGGUGUCGAGGCCGACGAGGCUCAACGUCGCAAGGACUACCGCGACGUGAUGGUCACGUACGUUGAUCCGGAUAGCGGCAGACUGAGGGUGCAGCAGAUUGGAGCCGGCACGACGGCGCUGACUGAACUGAUGAACGCCUUCCGGUCGUUCCACAUCAACAAGGCGAACGAGAAGCCUCUGCCCGGUCCUCCCAAGGCGGGCGAUUUCGUCGCUGCGCAAUUCAGCGAGGACCACGAGUGGUACCGUGCGCGCAUCCGCCGGAACGACCGCGAGAAGAAGCAGGCCGAGGUUCUGUACAUUGACUACGGCAACUCGGAGGUCCUCCCCUGGUCUCGGCUGCGUCCUCUGGACCAGCCGCAAUUCUCCGUGCAGAAGCUGAAGGGCCAGGCGGUGGAUGCGGUGCUGUCCUUCGUCCAGAUCCCCGUCACUUCUCCUGGCUACCUGGCGGACGCUGUCAGCUACAUCGAAGAGGCCACCUUUGACCGCCAGCUCGUGGCCAAUGUGGACUAUGUCUCUCCGGAGGGCACCCUGCACGUUACGCUCCUGGACCCGUCGGCGUCGAAGAACCUGGAGGACAGCAUCAACGCGGACAUUAUCCGGGAGGGGCUGGCGAUGGUUCCGCGGAAGCUGAAGGCGUGGGAGCGGGCAGCGGGCGAGACGCUGGCGCACCUGAAGCAGCUGGAGGAGGAAGCCAAGCAGGAGCGGAAGGGCAUGUGGGAGUACGGUGAUCUGACGGAGGACUAGAGGAGUGAUUAAGCAGGUGGUGGCCGUGUAUAGGUUUACAUUGUAUAUCAGAGUGAUCGUGAGCGGUC